GUGCAGUGCUUGUACCUGUGCGUCGCUAGGGGAGGCUGCUCGCUGCCUGCCCGGCCCUGGCUCUGCCCGCGCUGCUGUGGACUCGCUUGGGCAGCAGUCGUCGCCAUUGUGCGUCGCGGAGCAUGUUGCAGCAGCAGCCUCUCUCGGCCAAUGGGGCCUCCAACGGCCGGGGACUCGCCAUGAGCGGCCACCCGGGGAUGCACUCGCUCAACUCGGUUCACCAGGCGCCACAGCACCGGUCUGAUGGAGGGGACUCGGGCCUGGAUGGGACGGAAAAUGGACACGAAACUCGCAGAGAUAUUGGCGACAUACUGCAGCAGAUCAUGACCAUCACAGACCAAAGUUUGGACGAGGCACAGGCGAAGAAACAUGCUCUGAACUGUCAUCGGAUGAAGCCUGCGCUGUUCAGUGUUCUGUGUGAGAUAAAGGAGAAGACAGGGCUGUCAAUGAGAAAUGCGGCAGAGGAAGAGCCCCAGGACCCUCAGCUGGUACGCCUGGACAACAUGCUGCUGGCCGAGGGGGUGUCAGGGCCCGAGAAAGGCGGAGGAGCUGCUGCUGCUGUGUCCGCGGCCACAAGUGCUGGAGGCAUGUCACCAGACAGCUCCCUGGAACACUCCGACUACAAGAGCAAGCUGAGCCAGAUCCGCACCAUCUACCACACUGAGCUGGAGAAGUACGAGCAGGCAUGCACAGAGUUUACCACCCACGUGAUGAACCUGCUGAGGGAGCAGUCACGCACGCGGCCUGUCACUCCACGCGAGAUUGAGCGCAUGGUGGCUAUCAUCCACCGCAAGUUCAGCUCCAUCCAAACCCAACUAAAGCAGAGCACAUGUGAGGCCGUCAUGAUCCUGCGCUCCCGUUUCCUUGAUGCCAGGCGCAAGAGACGUAACUUUAGUAAACAGGCCACAGAGGUUCUGAAUGAGUAUUUCUACUCCCACCUGUCCAACCCCUACCCCAGCGAAGAAGCCAAAGAGGAGCUGGCCAAGCAAUGUGGCAUCACUGUGUCUCAGGUGUCCAACUGGUUUGGAAACAAGAGAAUUCGCUACAAGAAAAACAUUGGCAAGUUCCAAGAAGAGGCCAACCUGUACGCCAUGAAGACUGCGCUGGGAGCAAGACAGGGCGAGGACUCUCCGCACACACCCAACUCCACUGGCUCGGGCUCGUUCUCCCUCUCUGGCUCAGCGGACAUGUUUCUGGGGGUUCCUCCUGUGAAUGGAGAUCAGCCUGCCUAUCCAAUGGGAGCACAGGCCAAUGGGAGCUGGCAGGGCAGGAGCACACCCCCUUCUGGAUCCCCUCCCCACAGUGACCUGUCAGAGCAGUCAGACUGAACAAAAACUGGGGCAGGACUAAGGCAGGACUGGACUCAUUGACCACUGGGCUGCCCUCUCUUUUUAUCGAUUAUGUUUAACCACUCAGCAUUACCUACGUUUGUUUUCUGAGUGCAUGAAUGUUAGCGUGUGGUGAGCAUGCAGCGGUGGGGUUCUGGGGGUUCUGGGGCUUACGGUGAACAACCUUUUAAAGGAGACAUUGUGCUGAAAAGACUUUUAAUGAUGUUAUGUUGGUUUCUUAUUGUGUGUUUUCACAGGUUUUAGUAGUUUAGUGAGCUUGUCUCAGUCUGAAAAUGUUGUGUUUUAAUAUUUGCUGCAGCUACUUAACCAACUGAAACCAGGAAGUGCCCCUGUGUCUCUGUACACUUUUUCUGAAACAUGUCCAUUUGUUAGCGUCACUAAAUUGACUGUUCACUGUUUGCAGUAGAGGGCGCCAGAAACCAAGCACUGUCUGUACUGGAAACCUUUAUUAUCAGUUACACCACGCAGUUUCAGGAGUGUCGAUAAAGCCUGAAUGAAGCCAAAAUGUGUCCUUUACCGUGUUACUGAGCAGUGUGUGGGGGUGGGAGGGGUGAGGACGGUAUGGGAGGGGUGGUGGGGGAGGGGGCCCAGGAGGGGCAAGCUUAUGUUUAUUUCAACACUCACGGUUUUGGUUUGGUUUGAUUUGACCAGCCCAGAGAGGAUGCACCAGGAGAGAGAGAAGAGAAAAAUCCAAAGAUUUGUGUGUGUGUGUGUGUGUAUGUAUGUGUAUGUGUGGGUGUGUGUGUCAGUGCGUGUUUGUGUGAGAGUAUGUGUGUGAGUGUGUGUGAGUGAGAGAUACCGUGACGUCUUCUCUGUACAGUCCACACCUGUAUUCUCUCUACCUCUUUUACAAUAAACUAAUGUGUAUUCACAG